AUGACUUCUCAUCGCUGCAGUUCUCUUCUCAGUGGACAGGUUCCAGAGACCAAGGCUGCCUCUCAGUGCCUGUCAGCCAUCCUGGCACAUGUUAACCGAGCGCGUGUGGGGGCAACCCCUCUGGGCAAACCCAGCCUUUGUAUGCCUUUCAGCUGUAACACCGCUUGCCCCUUGCCAGGGACCUGCAACAUUCCCGGCAACAUUGGAGUCUGUGAGAACUAUGUGGAAGGUGCCCCGAAUGGCCAUGAGAAGGUGACCAUGCAGUUUCUGAACGAUCGUCUGGCCAACUACCUGGAGAAGGUGCGCCGGCUGGAGCGGGACAAUGAGGAGCUGGAGACCAUGAUCCGAGAGUCGAGCAAAUGUCACGAGUCCACCAUGUGUCCAGACUACCAGUCCUACUUCCAGACUAUUGAGGAGCUCCAGCAGAAGAUCCUAUGCACCAAAUCUGAGAACAAUAAGCUGGUCGUGCAAAUAGACAAUGCCAAGCUGGCGGCAGAUGACUUCAGGACCAAGUACCAGACGGAACACUCGCUCUGCCAGCUGGGGGAGGCCGACAUCUGUGGCCUGCGCAGGGCACUGGAUGACCUCACACUCGCCAAAUGUGACCUGGAGGCCCAGCUGGAGUCCCUCAAGGAGGAGGUGCUCUGCCUUAAGAAGAACCACGAGCAGGAAGUCCACAUUCUGAGGAGCCAGCUGGGGGACAAGCUCCAGAUUAAGCUGGAUGCUGAGCCCACCGUGGACCUGAGCAGUGUGCUCCAGGAGAUGCGGUGUCACUAUGAGGCCGUGGUGCAGACCAACCACAAUGAUCUGGAAGAGUGGUUCCAGGAUCAGUCUGAAAGCAUCAGCAAGCAGGACAUGUCCUGCUCCGAGGAGCUGCGGUGCUGCCAGUCGGAGAUCCUGGAGCUGAGACGCACGGUGAACGCCCUGGAGGUGGAGCUUCAGGCCCAGCACACGCUGAAAGACUGUCUGCAGAACUCCCUGUGUGAGGCUGACGCCCGCUUUGGCACCGAGCUGGCCCAGAUGCAGAUGCUGAUCAGCAAUGUGGAGGAGCAGCUGUCUGAGAUCCGGGGUGACCUGGAGCGGCAGAAUCAGGAGUACCAGGUGCUGCUGGACGUCAAGGCCCGGCUGGAGGGUGAAAUCAACACAUACCGGAAACUUCUGGAGAGCGAGGACUGCAAGCUCCCUUGCAACCCAUGCGCGACCCCAGCUUCCAGCACGCCCCACCCAACCCCUGUAGCCUGUACCCCCUGCUCUCCCUGCCUGUCUGGGCCUCCUCGGGCCUCUUGUGGCUCCAGCUCAACACCUCGAUGCUGACACACUCCUCAGCCUGAGGACUCAGGAGAUGGGAACCGUCUGCAGCUCUGCU